GUGUACGUCACGCCGCUCCCACAAUCUGUCAGAUUCAAGAUGGCGGCUGGGGACAAGAGAGGCAGACCUCCCUGCCUGAAUUUAACAGGCCCUGGGCCUUUGGGAAAUGGUCAGCCCAGCAACAGUGCUUAUUCAAUGUCUACGUCCAACAGUGGGGCCGCUUGUGCGGUCGGAGGGGCCCAAGGGGCUGCAAGGCGCACUAACCCACAGUCGGGGCCUGUCGGAGGCGAAAGCACCAGUGUUGCAGCUGUAACUCCACCGACUGUACAGAACUCUAUUCAGCAAGCCGCAGCUCAAAGCGCCGCGGCUGGGUCAUCUGGAGCGAUGUCGAGCACCCCUACGAACAUGACUGCGACUGCAGCAACGAAUGCCUUCGCUGCAAGUGUACCGGUAACUCAUUCCUCGUUGUCGUCAGCACCAGCUGCUGCUGUUUUGGUUUACCGGGAGCCAGUGUACAAUUGGCAGGCGACAAAAAGCACCGUAAAGGAACGUUUUGCGUUUUUGUUCAAUAACGAGGUUCUGAGUGACGUUCAUUUUUUGGUGGGGAAAGGUAUGGGUGUACAGCGAAUUCCCGCUCACAGAUUUGUUCUGGCUGUGGGAAGUGCAGUCUUUGAUGCUAUGUUCAACGGAGGUAUGGCGACCACCUCCACAGAGAUCGAACUUCCAGAUGUGGAGCCGGCUGCAUUUCUGGCAUUGCUAAAGUUCCUGUACUCUGAUGAAGUCCAGAUAGGGCCUGAGACUGUGAUGACGACACUGUACACAGCCAAGAAGUACGCUGUGCCGGCCCUAGAGGCCCACUGUGUGGAGUUUCUCAAGAAGAACCUACGGGCUGACAAUGCCUUCAUGCUUCUCACUCAGGCUCGACUCUUUGACGAGCCCCAGCUCGCCAGCCUGUGUCUGGAGAACAUCGAUAAGAACACUGGAGACGCGCUGGCGGCAGAGGGCUUCACGGACAUAGAUCUGGAUACAUUGGUGGCUGUGCUGGAGAGGGACACUCUGGGCGUGCGGGAGGUGCGUUUGUUUGUGGCGGCGGUGCGCUGGGCGGAGGCAGAGGCCCAUCGGCAGCAGCUACAGCCCACCCCAGAGAACAAACGCAGGGUCCUGGGCAAGGCCCUCACCCUCAUCCGCUUUCCACUCAUGACUAUCGAGGAGUUUGCCGCAGGCCCGGCCCAGUCUAGUAUCCUGACAGACAGGGAGGUGGUGAGUCUGUUCCUUCACUUCACCGUGAACCCGAAGCCCCGCGUGGAGUUCAUCGACCGGCCUCGCUGCUGCCUGCGGGGGAAGGAGUGCAGCAUCACACGCUUUGGACAGGUGGAGAGUCGCUGGGGCUACAGUGGAACCAGUGACCGCAUCCGGUUUUCAGUGAAUAGGAGGAUCUUUGUGGUGGGAUUUGGGCUUUACGGCUCCAUCCACGGACCCACAGAUUACCAAGUCAACAUCCAGAUCAUCCACACGGACAGUAACACAGUUCUGGGUCAGAACGACACGGGCUUCAGCUGCGACGGCUCGUCCAACACCUUCAGAGUCAUGUUCAAGGAGCCCGUGGAGAUCCUGCCCAACGUCAACUACACAGCCUGUGCCACACUCAAGGGUCCCGACUCUCACUACGGGACCAAGGGCAUGCGCAAGGUGACCCACGAGUCGUCUUCCACCGGCACCAAGACCUGCUUCACCUUCUGCUACGCUGCAGGCAACAACAAUGGCACCUCAGUGGAGGAUGGCCAGAUCCCAGAGGUCAUCUUCUACACAUAAGCUGACCUUAUGAUCUCAGGGGUCACAGGACUGCUGAGAGACUCCGGCUCUGUUUGAAUAUUUAACAAAUGCCAUACUAUGCCCAGUGGUAUUUCCUUGACGAUAUCUAUGGUGGAAAUGUCAUCGGUUGGAGUUUUGAAUUUGCUGUAGUUUGGUAGGAGCCUCCACGUGCCCAGGCCUGUCACAGAGCAAGGCAUGGUAGUUGUCAGCUAUUCAAACAUGGUCCUUGUCUCUCUCCCUCACUCUCAACUAACCCCUUUUAUUGCAUACCAUCUGUAGAGAGGGGUCUAUUUCAGGGUGAGAGAGGGUGUGAGAGGCCUGGGUCAACAUACCGUGGCUCCCAUAUUUCUGGGAUUAAGGUACAGAAUGGAUGGGGGGGAAGAGUCUUAAAUUGUUCACAACUUAUUGACUGUUACUUAGGCAAAGAAUGAAGGUAGGACAUUUAUUUCCAAUGCCAACCUUUUGUAUUGUCUGUUUACCUGUAGGGAGUGAGAUAGACCCAGGAACUCCUAUGUAUGUCCAGACUGUUACCCUACCAAUCAGGUUUGUUCAAAUGGGAUCCAUUCUACUGGUCAGUGCUAAUCAAUGACCAUCCAGUCCCCACACCCUUCCUCUAGUUUCUCAGGGUGUAGAAUACUGGAUAGUUGGGGCGGGGGGCGGGCAAUCACCAGCUUACAUUUUCUCUAAUUGCACCAUAGGAGUAGAGGUUGACAUGGAAUUAGGCUUUGAAUGUGAUGAAAAUAACCCCACCUCUCUGGUCCAGUGGAGGUCUUGGCUUUGGGAAAUGGACAACCACAAGGCCUAAAGCAUUCCAGGAAAUGAUUCAGUUGAAGUAGUCGUCAAUUUACCGCAACGUCCAGCUCAAGUUUGACUUUUAACCCAGCCCAUCCAAACUGGAGGUGUCAAGGCUGCUAUAUUGGGCACUAGAGGAGCAAUUAGGGUCAACUGACUGGCUCAGGGACAGAAUUACCGGUUAUGUAGGUGGCUCUGGGAUUUGAUUUAGCAACCUCUUGGGUACCAGUCUGAUGCUCUAACCACCAAUCAUCCACAAGGGUGAGCAGGCCAGCGAGGUGGCUUCCGUUUGAUCGUCCCUGCCUUGUGAGAAUCCCCCUUUUGAAAGUUCAUAUUGUUGACACCUAAAUGUUGACUCAUCCUGUAGCUAUUGUUUGUGGCCAAAGCAUUAAAAAAAGUGUACCUCAAACCAAGGCAGAAAUAACUAAUUUAUACUUCAGUUAGCGUUACGGUUUAUGAUUCACUGGCCAAUCAGUGAUUUAAGGAUUAGCUAGUGAAUAUGAUUACUUUAAUAUACAUCCACAUUGUUACUCAUUCAAAAACUACUUGCACGUAAUAUAUUUAAUGGAAAUCUGGGAACACUGGGUAGUUUAAUUUCUGGCAAGAAUUUCAGCAAGUAGUGUGCCGAUGAUGUCACAGUAGUUGGCCCAAAGCUUAAGGAUCACAAACUGCAAGGUCACUUUAACCUUUACUGAAACCAUAUCCUAACCUUGGCUGGAGUUUUAUCAAACCUGUUGUAGUAAUACUCAUCACAUGCCCACACUUAGUUCUGGAAUAUGAAAGCCUACUUGUGAAGGGACUUGCCCUGCUAGUAGUUGUAGGUUUCAGCAGUAUCCAGACCAGCCCAGGUGAAUUGGAGAUUAGAAAGAGCUACUGCAAAGGUUUGAUGCAAUUGUUUGUGACUAAAGGAAAUGGUCAAGAUUCCCCCUUUGGAAUGUCUGUCCGAUUAUAACUGUUUUGACAGCCCCAACAUGUUCUCCACAACUGUGGUUUAUGGUUGUGUAUAUUAUACUGGCAUUUAACAUUUAUGUAUUUUGAAUUCAAAAUGGAUUAAAUGAUGUUGAAAAGUC